UCUGCAUUCUCAAUGACAUCCACAAGCACCUCGUCCGUUACGAGCCAGCUGGUGGCAAUCGCUGGCCACAUUGAUCGCGCGACCGACAUGGUGACUUCCCGGCUUGUGCACCAACACCACAUCACAGCCGCGACUCUGGCCGCUUCGAAAUGGAUCACAGCAGUGCGCAUGAACCAGGACCACGCAGAGCGCACAAAGCAGUGCAAGCAGCGACUUGGUCAGUAUCGCGCGCGGGUGCUCGCGCAGUCCGAGCGUCUCACGCAACUGCUCAUGGAGCUCGACACGAUCGAGAGCAACGGCGACGCGACGAUUCGCGCCGAGCGCAAGCGUCUUUUGAAAGUGGCCGACGAGCUUGCGGCCAAGAGCGAGCGCCUGCUCGAGCGCCUGCUCGCACUUGCCAAGACCGUACUGCCCGAAAUGUCGGUGCCAGCGCAGAGCGACCAAGAGGUCCGUGAGAUGCAGCGCCUCCUCGACGCACUGCCCAUGUGGACGCCUAACGCCCAGUUUGUCGACGCAGGCAACAGCGUCGUGCUGCGCGUCAAUCUCGCCGGCGUCAACCGAGCGUCGACGACCGUCUCGGUCACGCCCGAUGGCCACUUGCAGAUCGCUGGCUACAAGUUCCCAACGCCGCACGACUUGGUGUUUAUGCACACGCACCGGCAGCCGCGCUUUGGCCGGUUCGUCGUCGCCCACGCGUGGCCGCGUCACGCCUUCGAUGUGGCCAACCUCCGCUUCCGCCAGCUGCCGACGGGCGUCCUCGAGGUGGUUGCACCCCGCCAUCCGAUCCCAGGUGCAUACAACGUCCAUGACGCAGCCGCCAUAGCCCGACCAGUCGCUGGCGUUGCCUAGGCUUCGAACCCCGCGAUCUCAAUUUCCAUACUAGGUAUUGAAUGACCGCCAUAUUGAUUGUUGAUCGUUUCUACGUGGACAAGUUUCCGCUUGUUCUUGACCAAUUGGGCAAC